UUAAAUAAAGUCGUUAUUUUUGUUUUGUUUUUUUGCGCACAAAAAGUAUUUUUGUCACUUCAUAAAAUUGAGGUUAAACCACUGUAGCCACGUUGACUAUUUUAACAAUGUCUUUAGUACCUUUCUGGACCUUAAAAGUGGUAAGUAAAUUGCUGUCUAUGGAGGAGUCAGACAGCUCUCGGAUUUUAUCAAAAAUAUCUUCGUUUGUGUUCCGAAGAUGAACGAAGGUCUUACUGGUGUGGAACAACAUGAGGAUGAGUAAUUAAUGACAGAAUUAUCAUUUUUGGGUGAACUAACCCUUUAGGAUUUGUUAAAUGUUUUUGACUCUAAAAACAUUUUUUUUUUUUUUUUUUUAAGAACUGUUCAGUGAAAGUUUCUUUAUGGCAUCGCUGCAAAAACCUCUUUUGUAGCAUUUAUUUUUAAGAGUGAGGAGGAUAUAAUUCACACACGCACAAAAAGAGAAUUAGGCCUACAUGUUUAUAAGCACACCUUUCCAAUCCUGAAACUGUCCCAUUACAGCCCCGCGCUUCUCCUGCUUUAUGCGCGAAUUUGAUUGGUUCUCACAAUUGUAAUCUCUAAAGAAGCUUCCGGAUCCUGAAAUGCGAUUGGUGCUCAGAACUGUCCAUCAACAUGAUAAUCCCGCCCUAUAAAGCAAUGCCUUGAUGGCAGCGCAUCCAGACGGUUUGUUUCAUCUGCAUUCAAGCCACUUUUGGUGCUGAGGUGUGUUGGUGUGUGUGUGUUGAGCUGAAGCCAUGCCGCUGGUCAAGAGAAACAUCGAGCCGAAGCACCUGUGCAGAGGAGCUUUACCUGAGACCAUCAGCAAUGAGCUGGAGUGUGUGACCAACAACACUCUCUCUGCCAUCAUACGCCAACUUAGCAGCCUCAGUAAACAUGCUGAGGACGUGUUUGGUGAGCUCUUUAAUGAAGCCAAUACAUUCUACCUGCGUGCGAAUUCUCUACAGGACCGCAUCGACCGUCUUGCAGUCAAGGUCACUCAGUUGGACUCUAGUGUGGAGGAAGUAUCACUUCAGGACAUUAACAUGCGCAAAGCCUUUAAGAGUUCUACUGUUCAAGACCAGCAGGUGGUGACAAAGAGCAGCAUUCCAAACCCCAUCACUGAGAUGUACAACACCAGCGACAAACCACCACCUCUGAACAUACUCACUGCCUACAGGGAUGACCAUAUUGAUGGAAUUAAAUUCUACACAGACCCCUCAUAUUUCUUCGACUUGUGGAAGGAGAAAAUGCUUCAAGACACGGAAGACAAGAGAAAAGAGAAGAGGAAACAUAGGGAGCAGAAGCGGUGUGUUGAUGGCACGUUGCCUCGUGAGGUGAAGAAGGUUCGUAAGGCUCAUAACCGCAGACAGGAAUGGAACAUGAUGGCUUUUGAUAAGGAGCUACGGCCGGAUCAUCGUCAUCAUCAUCAUCCACUUCACAGGGUUGUAUCGUCUGAGGGCUCGCUGUCUCCAGAGGGCAGACCACAUCCAAACAACUCUGACUACCCAGUCCCAGCAUGCCAUGCUCAAGCACGAGCCAGUCAUGCUCAAGCACGAGCCAGUCAUGCACAUUCACAGCCGCACCCAUUCCUGCCUGUGGAGACAGCAUCAUCUAGUGCCAAUGGAGGGGUAGAGCACGAGUACCACAGCAUUGGAGGGCCUGUAGGGGUGGCUGUGGGUGCUGAUGUAGGUUACAGAGUGGGCUUACUCGCUCGAACACAUCCAACUCCUCCACAGUACCUGCCCCGGGAAAAUGGAGUCAAUGGAACCAUCACGCUUCCACCGACAGACUAUGGUAUGAUGGAGUACUAUGCCAGUUCAGGUCCGCCCCCUCCUCCAAUGGCUCCCCUUAUUCCAUCUGCACAGACGGCUUUUGCCUCACCUCCAGCUACUCCUCAUCCUGGACCAAUCACAUCAGCCUUACGGUAUCCUCUUCCACCUGUCCCACCUCCUGGACCGGUUUUAGCUUCACCUCCCGAAGGUCCACCUCCUCCUCCGGCCCCUCCCAUACCACCUCAUCCAGCAGCACUUGGAGAGGGACGGAGAUACAAUCUGCAGCCUGUCACAGACGCUCGCAGUGACCUACUCUCAGCAAUACGCAUGGGUAUCCAACUAAAGAAAGUACAGGAGCAACAGGAACAGCAGGCUAAAAGAGAGCCGGUGGGGAAUGAUGUGGCCACUAUACUCUCUCGCCGCAUUGCUGUGGAGUACAGCGACUCAGAAGACGACUCAGAACUUGAUGAGAAUGAAUGGUCUGACUGAUUAUAGUCAGCCACACACACAAUGGUAGAAUAGAGACCUUCCUUGUAAAUAUGAAAGUACGUUAACCUUCAGACACCCACAUAUAGUUGAUUAUUAACUCUUUCCCCGCCAAUGACUGAAUUUUCUGGGCCCUAUCAUACACCCGGCGCAAUGCGACACCAGGCGCGACGCAAGUGCGAUUUGCUAGUUUCAGCCCAACACAGUUAUCAUUUUCACGUCCAGCACCCACGUUGUUUAAAUAGCAAAUGCAUUUGCGCCCAUCUGUUCGCCCAUGGGCGUGCUGGUCUGAAAACGAGGUGUGUUCAGGCGCAUUGUUGGCGUGUUGCUAUUUUGAGGCAACUGAAACUGCACCAUUGACCAACAAAACCUGGUCUAAAGUCAAUGAGAAUGUCUGUAUUCCGCCAUGUAAAUAGCAAUCCACCAUGGUGCAAGCGCAUCUGGGUUUUAAAGGGAAAGGGAGAAGACACUCUGAUUGGUUUAUUGCACAUUACGCUUAAAACACACCCAUGACUCAUUAAGAGACUAUUUACAACACUUUUGGACCAUGCACCUGGUGCGCCGACCAUUUUAUCCAUUGUUAAACUAGCAAAAGUGGAUUCGGACAUGCCCUAAGUGCACCUGCCCCAUGCACUUCAGACCAUGCACUUAGAGCGUUAAAAUAGGGCCCUCCGUCGUUUAUGACACAACGCUUCUCCGCCAAUGGCGGAAUUUUCUGGCAAUCCAUGUUUUCACUGUUAUACAGUAGGGGGCGCUAUUACACAUCUUCUGAAAGAGUAUAGAAUCUCCGGAUUAAAACAUAGGAGAAGAAGAAGCCAAAACAAGCGAUAGAAGCAUUGCUUAUGAACAUGUAAGCUAACCACGAUCAUCAAACUUUCAAUAGUAUAAAUGAAAACUGCCUAACGUUACCGAAUGAAAUGUUGACCCAGGACGAGGUAAAGGACUGUGAAGCUUUGGGGGUGUUGAUGGACUCAGUCUACUCCAUCUAUGUUUUAAUCAUCGUUCUGAAUCCGAGCCGGAUGUAGUCUUUGGCAAAAACGUGAUUUUCUCAGCUUUUUGUUCAAAAUGUUGCUUUUUUUAAAAAACACUGUCGGGGAAAGAGUUAAGAAUGAUGUUAAUUUCUCAAAGAAUGUUAUGCAAUAUAGAGGGAAGUUUUGAAUAAACUUAAGAGGCUAAAACACUCUAUCAUGUACUCAAACAAGCCAAAUGCCCAAGUUACAGGAAGGGGGUAUUUAAAGUGUUUAUUUGAAAAAAAUUUUGGUUCAAAUUUGCAACCUUUUGAACAGAAACUGUAAAUUAUUAAGAAUUUCCAAGUUAAAAAAUCUAUAAGCAAUCAAGGUCUUGUAAGAACCUAACAAGAUUUGCACUAUUUUCUAUAUUUAUUAUUUCAGUAUUCUUUCCAUUGAAUGAUCUGCUAAUGUUAUUUUGUUUAUUAUAUAUUUCUUUUUUCUGUGUUACCUCUUGUACCUCAGCUUGUACCACAAAAUGUUUGUGUAAAUAGCUGUGUGAAUAACUCUUGCUCUCUCUCUCCCUCUCUCUUUCUCCUGCUGCAGAGAUUUAAAUGUACCCAAAUGUAACCAAUUUCCAUGUUUUUUGUUGCAGUUAAAGAAAUUAUUUUUUGAUUAACAAAUUAAUUCAAAUGUGCUUUCAAACAAUAAAUGUGACAUCUAUGCAGAAUACAACAGUAUUUAAACUACUACAAUGUCUUCAUAAAGCAUAAUAGAAUUGGA